UCAUUAACUUGUAAAAUUAGAAACAAUUAGAAAGCAACUCAAAAGUUCAUGAAGUUGGAAUGUGGUGAGAAGUGAAGUGUUAGAAUGGUUGAAUGAUAAAAGUUAAGGAUCUGGAGUGGUUUGGGAAAUUAUAGAAAGGAGUUAAUGGCUCUCCAGAGUUAUAGACGAGAUUGCAGUUAUACAAUACAGUAUCUGAUUGGACAAAUCACCAGUACUAUUCACUUUUUUACACCAGAAAGGUUGACCGUUCACUCCUUAGUCCAUAGGAUGUUUUACCACCAAUCUUUUCUUUGCAUUUAGGAAGGGAAGGGAAGGGAGAGACGACCCACCAUAGCCACCAAGGUCCACAUAAAUCAUUUACAAGCUCUUUCAAUUGCAAUAUUGCAUAGGAGAGAGAGAGAUCAUGGCCUCCCUGGACUCCCCCAACUCACCUCCAAACUCAUCCUUUGCAAUAAGGGAAACAACAACUCAUCCCAAAACGAAUGUGGCCUCAAUAUUAGACCCAGCUCCCAACUCACCUCCAAACCCUUCUUUUGCAGUAAGAGAAAGUACAGCUCAUAGCUUCUUGAGAAGCAUCUCCACCAAAGAGGCCUCCUUCGCUGGCUUCCAUUUCUCCCCGCCUCGUUACAGCACUCCAAGUCUCCACUCUACUUCUCCUCUGUCCUCACCUCUCCGCACGUUCAGCCCCAACCCUGCUUCCAACCACACCAUCAGCCUUGACGCUUCUUAUAAAUGCCUGUCUUCAGUCCUCAAAAAGGACGGUCAGAUUCUAUCCAUAGCCAUCUCGAAUGGGAUUGUUUACACCGGCUCUGAUACCAACUUAAUACGUAUAUGGAAGCUGCCCGAGUUCUCAGAAUGCGGAGUGCUUAAGACUAAGGCAUGCACCGUUGUUGCAAUAGCGGUGUCCCACGACAGGCUUUUCGCGGGCUAUGGUGAUACCAAGAUUCGUGUGUGGCGAAGGACGUGGGAUGGUACGUUGAAGCAUGUCAAGUUGGCCACGAUUCCGAGGACCGGAGGCUAUGUCCGGAGCUACAUCGCCGGGAAAGAUAAGAUGAUGAGGCAUAUGGGGCCAAUAACAUCACUAGCAGUCAACAUAUCCGAUAACAUACUAUACUCAGCUUCUCUUGAUAAAACGGUGAAAGUUUGGAGAAUAUCAGAUCUCAAGUGCAUUGAGAACAUCCCAGCCCACUCAGAACCAAUCAAUGCUAUUGUUGUGGCUGAUGAUGGAAUACUCUACACAGCCUCUGAUGAUGCCACCAUCAGAGUUUGGCGGCGCAAUUUUUGUAGAGGGGAGUGGCCGCAUUCACUCAUGGUAACCCUACCCGCUAAAUGCUCACCUGUUAAAACUCUAACUCUAACUGGAGAUGGGGGAGUGUUAUAUGGAGGGUGUACAGAUGGCUACGUGCAUUACUGGCUUAAGGGCUGGUUGUCAGGCCAAUUGCGAUAUGGUGGUGCUCUCCAAGGUCACACUCAUGCAGUAAUGUGCCUGGCCACUGUGUCUAAUUUUGUGAUUAGUGGUUCAGCUGAUUCAUCUAGUAGAGUUUGGACUAGGGAACAAGAUGGCCAACACGUAUGUUUAGCAGUUUUGGUAGGCCACAGAGGACCUAUCAGGUGUGUUACUGCUUUUUUGGGGCAUUCAGGGGAGGAGGUUGAGGAUGGUUGCACGAUCUGCACUGGGAGUCUUGAUGGAGUCCUAAAGGUAUGGCGUGUAACACCUAUGAAAAGUGCAAGUGGCCGCUUUGUGAAAAAUGAUUAUUUUGAGUUGGAAGAAGAGGGAGUUUAAGUAAUUUGUCUUCCAAGUGUACAGUGUAGUUGUUAACUAUAAGACUGCAGGAGUUAUAUAUGUCUAGUUUAUACCAGUAAUGAAAAUUUUGCAGUAUACUAACAAGCAUUAGUCUCUAUAUACAUGUAAAUGGCAGCUAUUCUUUUGCUAAAUAGAUAUUUAAAGCCAAAGAUUUUCUAGCGGGGAACCUCGAUGUUUCAGGUAAGUCUUCAGAUUCCAUUAGUGGCAGCCAACAAAGGCAAACAAUUAGUUUGAUGUUUUUGCUGUGUAUACAGUUAUAUUUAUUUCUUUUUUUCAGUACAAUGGUCAGGAUGCCAGGAGGUGAGGGCAUUGAAUCCUGGUCCUGUAUCUCCCCGCCCUCUAACGAGUG